AUGGUUGAUCGACGCUCAGACUCAGAAGACGGAUCUCGCGCAAAACGCCAGAAGAUGGAUAAGUCUAGGGCUGACCCCCGGGAUAAUCCCUAUCUGGCUCAUAUGUACGCUGAUACGUCCUCUAACGGCAACACAAGCUCUGAGGCUGAUAACAAGAAUUCAGCCUUUGCCAAGCUGCAGCGACAUAAAACAACUGCUGCGCUGGCGCAAAAGGUUGAAGAUAACGAGUUCAAUCCGUUCACCAGCCAGCCAUACUCCAAGAAGUAUUUCUCGAUCCUAGAAACUCGUCGUGAUCUUCCGGUCCAUGCGCAAAGAGAUGAAUUCUUGAGGCUGUAUCAAGAAUCCCAGAUUCUGGUCUUUGUCGGUGAGACUGGUUCUGGAAAAACGACACAGAUCCCCCAAUUCGUCCUGCUCGAUGAUCUCCCACAUACCCAACGGAAAAUGGUCGCAUGUACCCAACCCCGUCGUGUGGCAGCAAUGUCAGUGGCCCAGCGUGUUGCUGCAGAGUUGGAUGUCACUCUUGGAGAGGAGGUCGGUUACAGCAUCCGUUUCGAGGACAUGACUAGCUCCAAGACACUUCUCAAGUACAUGACGGAUGGUAUGCUUUUGCGAGAGGCCAUGAACGACAAUGAGCUUAGUCGCUACAGCACCAUUAUUCUUGACGAAGCGCACGAAAGAACAAUGUCGACAGAUGUUCUUAUGGGACUUCUCAAAGAAGUCGUGUUGCGCAGGCCUGAUCUAAAGAUUAUCAUCAUGUCUGCCACACUGGAUGCGCAGAAGUUCCAACGUUACUUCAACGACGCUCCAUUGCUUGCCGUCCCUGGUCGUACCCAUCCUGUCGAGAUUUUCUAUACCCCGGAGCCCGAGCAAGAUUAUGUGGAAGCCGCCAUUCGCACAGUUCUCCAAAUUCAUGCCACUGAGGAUGAUGGUGAUAUUCUUCUCUUUUUGACCGGAGAAGAGGAAAUUGAAGAUGCAGCGCGCAAGAUAUCUCUUGAGGGUGAUGAAAUGGUUAGAGACGCUGAUGCAGGUCCCUUGAAAGUAUACACCCUCUACGGUAGUCUCCCGCCACAUAUGCAACAGAAGAUCUUCGAUCCAGCGCCCGCCGCGCGCCGCCCUGGAGGUCGGCCAGGUAGGAAGGUGAUCGUGUCAACCAACAUUGCAGAAACAUCUCUUACGAUCGACGGUAUCGUUUAUGUUGUCGACCCCGGUUUCUCAAAACAGAAAAUUUACAACCCCCGUAUUCGUGUCGAGUCUCUGCUAGUCUCGCCAAUCUCCAAGGCCUCCGCGCAGCAGAGAGCUGGUCGUGCUGGUCGUACACGCCCCGGAAAGUGUUUCCGCCUUUACACAGAAAGUGCCUUCAAGAAGGAAUUGAUUGACCAGACUUAUCCCGAGAUUUUGCGCUCUAACUUGUCGUCGACCGUGCUUGAGCUGAAGAAAUUGGGCAUUGAUGACUUGGUCCAUUUCGAUCUGAUGGACCCCCCGGCGCCAGAGACGCUUAUGCGAGCUCUCGAGGAGCUUAACUACCUUGCAUGCCUUGACGAUGAGGGCAAUUUGACACAGCUGGGGCGUCUUGCAUCAGAGUUCCCCUUGGACCCAGCGCUUGCUGUCAUGCUUAUCAGCUCACCCGAGUUCUAUUGUUCCAACGAGGUCCUGUCCAUAACUGCAUUGCUCUCCGUACCUCAGAUCUUUGUCCGACCAGCAUCUCAACGCAAGCGUGCGGACGAAAUGAAGAAUUUGUUUGCCCACCCUGACGGCGACCACCUUACCCUACUCAAUGCCUACCAUGCGUUCAAGAGCCCUGAAGCGCAGGACAACACUAAGCAAUGGUGCCACGACCACUUCCUUUCCCUGCGAGCCCUACAGUCCGCCGACAACGUGCGCAUGCAGCUUCUACGAAUCAUGGAACGCGAGGAGCUAGAGAUGAUUUCGACUGCAUUUGAAGACAAGAAAUACUACGAAAAUAUUCGCCGCGCCCUGUGUGCUGGGUUCUUCAUGCAAGUUGCCAAGAAGGAAGCCCAGGGCAAGAGCAUGUACAUGACCAUCAAGGAUCACCAAAACGUGCUCCUGCACCCUUCGACCGUUCUUGCCCACGACGCCGAAUGGGUCCUAUACAACGAGUUUGUCCUCACCACGAAAAACUACAUCCGGAGCGUCACGGCUGUUAAACCAGAAUGGCUAAUCGAUAUUGCCCCUACCUAUUACGAUGUUUCGUCAUUCCCGAAGGGCGAUAUUCGCUCUUCUCUGCUCCGCGCUGCCGAGAGGCUCUCGCGCAAGGAGAAGAUGCGUGCCGAUGGGAAGAGACGUUGA